AUGCUCGCACUGAUAUAUUUGGCGUUCUGUCUAAGCGUUUUUGCGGCACACGCCGACGUAGAGUUUCAAAGUUGGGAGAGACCACCGGACAACAAUGCUGACCUGAACAGGAAAGACCUUGGCGCGAUGCAAGAUGCAUGGGAGACAAUCAAGGGUACGGCGAACCAGACCUAUUAUCUCAUUUAUAGUAGCGGAUUGGGGACCGAUGCGUUUUACAGAACUUUUAGAUGCCUCCAAGUGCAAACAAGUGACCUCAAUCAAACUUUGAAGAGUGCCAAAUACACAUCAAAAUGGUACGACACAACAUCUAAAAAAAUGAAUUCAAAAACAGAAUAUGUUCAAGCUGUAAAACAAAAGGACUAUAGCAUUGAAAAUAUUAUGCAUAUGGACCAUCCUCAGCGUAAAACCACAUCACGAAAUGGAGCCUGCUAUAAUCUCGAUUUCAACUUCCUCUGUGUAUCAAGCAAGUGCACCAUAGAUCACAAGGAAUGUUGGCGAGGACCCUUGAGUCCACAUUCCGAGAAAUACGUGUCAUUCGACAAUUCCUUCUGUCGUAUAUUGCGAUCACUACAAGAUGCUCUAGGCCAUGAAUCUUGUGAACUCUGGCUAAGGGAAGAUUGGGUAAAGAAAAAUUUUUCGAUUCCCGAAGUACAGAUCGAAGAAAGUGAGAAAAAAGAGGAGGAGUCUGGGAACAAGGAUAGGACAACGUAUUUGUACGAUUCCUUAUUUAAGCAACUUCCGUCCAGCUGCCGAUACGCAUUUCUUCUUAACUGCGGAUAUCCGAAAUCCCGAAUUUAUGACAAGGAAAUCUGCGACAAGAUGAAUGAAAAAGGAAAUGCUGCAUCACGUGACACAAACGGAAGUCACUAA